AUGAUCGGCUCCCUGUACCGCCCCAUUUUUACUUUCUUUUCUUUAUCGUCUUUUUCUAAUAUUUCUUUGUUGUUAUAUUUUGUUUCCUUCGUUUUUUUUUUUUACUUUUUUGUUAAUUUGUAUUUCUUUCUUUCUUUUAUCCUUUCUUAUUUUAUAUAUUUCUUCCCUUUUCAUUUUUCUUUUUUUACCAAUUCUGUAUUUUCAUUCAUUUUUACUUUUUUCUUUUCUUCUCAUUACAAUAUUUCUUUCUUUUUUCUUCUUAUCUCGAUCUUCGUUUUAUUCUUUUCUUACUGUUUUCCUUUCUUUCUUUCUUUCUUUCUUUCUUUCUUUCUUUCUUUCUUUCUUUCUUUCUCAUUUUGUAUCUUUAUAUCUUUAUUUUCCUUUUUGUCAAAUUUUCGUUCAUAUUUUCAUUUUUCUUUCUUUUUCUCUCUCCCUCCAAUAUUUAUUUGUUUUUGUUUUUGCUUUAUUCUUUAUAUUUAUUUUUCUUCUCUUUUUAUCCCUUUACUUUCCAUCUUUCUUUUUUUUUCUUCAAUGUCAUGUGAAAAGAUUUUCUUUUUCUUUUUCUAUCUAUCUAUCUAUCUAUCUAUCUAUCUAUCUAUCUAUCUAUCUAUCUAUGUUAAUUAUAUACAAGAGCAAAUUCUAUCUAUCUAUCUAUCUAUCUAUCUAUCUAUCUAUCUAUCUAUCAUACCCUAA